GUCAGACUUGCAGGAGGUAUGACUCGCGUAGCAAGCGCCCUCCACCCGUUCAUAUCAACCUUCUCAACCACCAACCUGCAUAACACUCCACCCUCAAACCCACCAUGGCCGAACCCUCAGUCGCACCCCGCUCUUGCACGCCCCCAAACACCGAAACCACGCUCGCCGUUCGCUCGACGCCGAAACCGGAACCCGCCGCUGAUGCCUCCGCGUCAUCCGCACUAAACACCAUCUUCCGCUUCAUGGACCUCCCCGCCGAACUACGUCUGCACAUUUACGAAACCCUCCUCGUAGACACGCACUCCUACAUCGUGCCCAUUGCCAAUCUCCCGCCAGCCCGGCCCCACGUCUCCAAAUCCCUGCAGCCGGUCAUCCUCCGCCUCUCGCGCCAAAUCCACAAAGAAGCGCUCCCCGUCCUCUACAGCAGCAAUACCUUCCUCAUCCGCACAUACCCGCUCAAGCGCUGCGUGCCCGAGUUGACGCUAUACUUUGGCCAGGAGAAUGCAGGCUUGAUUAGAAGGGUGUUCACGGUCGCGGACAACGAUUGGAAGGAGGAGCUGGUGGAGGUGCAGAAGAGGUAUAAGGCGAUGGGAAUUUCGUGGGAGCAGCUACAGCUUUGGGGCGUGAGGAUCCGUCCAGCGAACCCCGAGGAUGCGCAGGAGGCGGAGGAUGCGGAGGGAGAGGCGAGGAGAUGGACGGAAGGGAGUGAAGGGCUGGUGGAAGCUGAUGAGCGGGAGAUGGAGAGGCUAGGGGUUAAAGCGGCUUGGUGGGAGUUCUCAGAAAGCGCGGGUGGGCGUUGGGUGGUGAAAAAGGGGAGCUUGGCAAGAGGCGGUGGGGUGGGUGGUUGAUGCAUCAUUACCGAACCCGUGCAUAUCGACAUAGAGCACGCAAGGCUACCAAGGUUGUGGUGGAACGCUCAUAGUAUUGAAUACGAAUGCCUUCGUGAGAAGAGAUGUCUACACAAGAUCCAUCCAGCACCAACUCCACCCUGCUCUCCGUUCUCAACCUUAUGUCCUACACUAUCAA